AUGCGCGGACACUCCUCGCCGCUGCGUGCCUCCGCGCUUCUCGGCAGCGAGCCUCUCGCCCUCGACCUUCUCCCGGCGAGCCUUGGCGAGGUUGAGGCGAGCUUCGGCGAGGUUGAGGGCCAGCAGUCGCCCUUCCGGCGCGGCUCCACCGUGGUGGCGGCGGCGGCGGCGCUCUUCAAGGCCGUGAUCGGCGCUGGCAUCUUCGCGUUUCCGCCCGCCGUUCGUGCGUGCGGGCUGGUCCUCGGCUCUUGCUUCGCCUUUGCUAUCGGCCUCAUCUCGCUCUUCGUCACUUGGGCGACCAUUGAGGCGGUGCGAGAGCUCCGCCGGCGAGGGAUGAAGGCGGCCUCGAACGGGCGGAUCGAGUACGUAGAGAUGACGCACAUCUACUCGCCGCGCGCCAACGGAGCCAUCACCGCGCUCACCAUGUGGGGGCAGUACUCGUCGGUGCUCGGGUACUUUAUCUUUGUGCACGAGACGCUCGCGCCGCUGCUGCCGCUGCCGAGUCAGGCGGUCUUUGCGCUCAUCGGCGGCGCCGUCUGCCCGCUCGUCCUGCUGCGCAAGACCUCGCACCCCGCCUUUGAGGCGGCGAUGGCCUUUGGCAACGUGGCGGUCGCGCUCGCGCUCGGCACGAUCGUCUUUUACGGGCUCGUUCAGGCGCCGGAGCGGCCGCCGCUGGACGAGCUGCGGCUGGCGGACCCUUCCGGGCUCGGCCUCAUGUUUGGGGUGAGCCUGCUCAUGUUCUCGUGCCACCUCGAGGCGGUCACGAUCGAGCAGGACAUGGCGCGGCGCGGCGCGUUCGACCGGAUGCUCGUGUGGAGCUUCGUCGUCCUGGCGGCUCUCUUCCUCGGCUUCGGCGCCUGCGUCUACCUCUCGUUUGGAGAGGCGACCGGCCGGGUGCGGGCGGCGGGCGGCGGCUGGGCCGAGGCGACGGUGAUGCAGAACCUGCCCGAGGGCGGCUUCCUGACGGCGGUCAAGCUGCUGAUGAGCCUCAACCUGCUGCUCAUGACGCCAAUCACGAUGCUGCCCGCCAGCCGCGCCAUCGAGGCACCCCUCCGCCUCUCCGCCCGCCCGCUCGCCCGCAGCGCCCUCCGCGUCGCCGUCCUCGCCGGCAUCACCGCCGCGGCGGCCGUGGUGCCCGAUUUCGAGACUGUGGUCGGCCUCACGGGCAGCCUGGGCGGGCUGACCGCCUUCACGCUCCCGGCGCUCCUCUUUGGGCACUUUUGCGGCGCGGACCACCCGCUCGGCCGCGCCCUGGCGAGCGGCGUGGCGGCCUUUGGGGCGCUUGGGACGGCCUGGAGUUUCUGGCAGAUCUGCUUCCCGGCGGCGGAGACGAGCUGA